ACUGCGAGUGUCUGGUUUAUUUGAUUGCGUUAAGUGGCUAUUGGCUGUUGUUAUUUACGGGGUCAGAUGGUGGUCGCUAUUCGGAGAUUUCGUUAAUCGAGACGACGCGGCCUUCAGACUGUGUUCGUUCUGUACAUUUUAAAAGUAAAAGCAUUGUAGGACACAUUCUUUUCACUAAAACAAUGUUAUAGAGUUAACAAUAUGGAAUAUUUUGUUUUCAUUACUUAGAUAAAUCACAAGUUAUGGAGAUCAGGAAAUAAGGAGUAACUGGCUCCUAAAAUAUGACAUAUUUACAAAAAAGGUAAAGGGGUGGGUUAUGCCACCUUGGUGCCCAACCACCCCUUACAAGGGGUUAUUUAUACUAGUGCUGGCAUUCGUACUUUUAGAAUAUUUCUUCAAUACCUUCACAAAUUCAAAAAUUUACAAUUCAAACAAAUUGUCUCGGAAUGCUAAAGAAUUUCAGACAUACGGACCCCUUUUGAAGACUUUACUCUUUAAGAACAACAAAACCAAUUUGCAUAACAAUACGAUUAUAUACACAACGAAGAACGAAUCCUAUUAUAGUUAUAUUGUAACCGAACCGUCGUUUUCAACCAACAACCUCAAUAGCUUUCCUGUAACAUUAUCAGCUAUUAGUACUUCCACCAUCGAAAUAAAAAACGAUUCUAAAUUGUAUAAUUCAACGUUGCCGUUAUGUCCAGAUGACAUCUCUUCCAGUUUAGAUGGUAGAAUACCAAUAAUACGAAGUCCAGUACCAUCCGUUGAAGAAUUGGAGAACAGGUUCACCUGGCUCCAACCUGGUGGACAUUGGCAACCUCCGAACUGUAGAGUUUUAAAAAGUGUAGCAAUAGUAAUUCCGUUCAGAUGUAGAGGUGAACAUCUAUUGCUUUUUCUGCAACACAUGCAUCCAUAUCUUAAAAAGCAGCAAUUAGAUUACACCAUCUUUGUAAUAGAACAAGAUGGUGAUGGUCCUUUCAAUAGAGCUAUGCUAAUGAAUAUAGGUUAUAGAGAGGCUUUGGAAAUUAAAUGGUUUGACUGUUUUAUAUUUCAUGAUAUUGAUUUGUUGCCUGAGGAUGAUCGAAAUUUGUAUACUUGUCCAGAACAACCAAGACAUAUGAGUGUGGCUGUAAAUAUAUUUAAGUAUAAAUUACCGUACCCAGCAAUAUUUGGUGGAGUGUCUGCUAUUAGUACCGACCAUUUUAAAUUAUUAAAUGGAUUUUCAAAUUCGUUUUGGGGUUGGGGAGGUGAAGAUGAUGAUAUGUCUAAUCGAAUUAGAUACCACCAUCUUCAUAUUUCAAGAUAUCCUAUAAGUAUUGCUCGGUAUACAAUGUUGACGCACAAAAAAGACAAACCUAGUCCAUCUCGUUAUGAUAUACUCAAACAAGGUGAGCAACUUUAUGAUAAAGAUGGAUUGAAUAGUUUGAAGUACAAACGUAUUCAAAGGAAGUUCAAUUUGUUGUACACUUGGGUUCUGGUACGUAUCGACUCACCCAGUUGAUGAACAAACCUGACGUCAUAGAAUGUUCAAUUAGUGAGAUUAAAUUGUGAUGUAGAAUGAUUGUAAAACAGAAAAUGAUUCUAUGUUAGAUUUCUAUGUUAUGCAAUUAUUUGAUAAGGUUAAUUUAUCAAUGUGUGAAUAUACUCAAAUUUUGUUUUGUCAACUUUUAUUUCUGUUUAACAAAGUUGCUUAACUGUUAAGCGGUACAUAGAAUGACGCGAACUGUAGACCUCGCGCAACUAACAUCUUUGAUUAUAAAAUACAUGCUAACAAGAAUCUCAGAAACCGUAGAUUUUUUAUUUAUCAUACAUUUGGGACCGGAAGCAUGGUCACAACGAAAAAAGGUCGGAUUAUCAGAGGAAAAUUUUUAUUGACCCCUAACAUCACAAUAAAGUUGAUUGUGUACAGUAUAUACCGUACUAUAAAAAUUGUUAUCAUGCGAUAAGAUAUUGUUAAUCUGAAAGGAAGUUUAACAACACACAAUUGAUUUUCAUUUAAUUAAAACGUGAGAAAAAGGGUAAAAGUCUAUAAUGUUCUUUUGCUUAGCAGAAGACAACCUUUAUUUUGCCGCGAUGUUCCACCUUUUCCUAAUUCACAAAAUAUCUAUAGGGGUAGACGCAGAGAUUUGUUCGAUGUACUGAAGGGCUGUAUCAAAAGAAUUUUUAGCAUGUGUAUGCGGUACUCGAGCCAUACUCAUUGUCUUUGUUUUCGUCAUCGUUCUCGUUCCCAUCGGUUGUUCGAGUUAGAAAGUCAAUGAUUCGAUCGUCAGUUAAUUCUUCUUCCAUUGUGCAGUCAACGUCAGCUGUACUGAUCCUCUCAUUUACGUCACUGGGCUCAACAUUCGGUUGUAAAAUUUGCAAAUUCCUCAAAAUUGUUUAAGUGUCUUUCGUCAUUUGUUGCACGGGUUGUUUCAUCUUCACUCGACAUUUCGAAGCAAAAAUGCCGUUAAUCCUAGCAAAUGAUUUCAGAUAUUUGUCUCAGGGAGUUAGUCACCAAUUCUUGAGUUUUCAAAUGGGUUUGUUUUCUUUAUAACUUACUUGGAUCCCUCUAUUAUAUAAAAACUCAGCAACACGAACAAAUUCUAUCAGACUUUCACUCAGAAAAGUCAUUUUUGUCGUCAUUUGAUUUAUAAUUAUUAAAUACCGUGUGCAACUACAAACCACCUUAUUUUUCUAGUACAGAAAAAUCAGGUUAUGUUUUUGACAUUCUGUGGCGUACAGCGCGUUAAAAAAGUGUGUUGGUUAACUUCAACGUCACGAGCGCGGUCAUUGUGUGCAUUAUCACGGUUUCUCAACAAAGUGAACUAACUUUGAUAUUUAUGAACGUCUACAGCGGGUUCAUUCUAUCUACUGCAUAAUGUUGAAAACUACUUAAACACUGAAAGAUAAAUAGGAUUAUGUAAAUUUAAGUAUUCAUCUCAUUGUAUAUUCUUUUUAAUGUUGCAUCAUUUUUACUUGAAUAUAAAAUUCCUCCUAUUUCAAAUUUCUGUUAUUAUUUGAGAUUUGAAUGGAAAAUGAAGUCAAUAUUAGUAUUAGUAUUUGAAAAUGAUAAAAGCUUACUAAUGGAAAAACUUGAUUGUAUUUAUGAAAUAUAUUUCGACAUAUACUUUGAAGUUCAAUAACUACCUUAUUUUUCUAAUGUAACACCCUAUAUGUUAAGCAGGCUAGAAAGGUUAUAUUGUUGUGUUCUGGAACAUUCUGAAGAACUUGCAAGACUAUUAUAGGGCUUCGAAUUGGCGAGAGUAGCACAUAAGGGAUAAGAUGCCAAAAUUUAUAAACUGGUUUAAGGGAUAACACCACUGUAGAGCCCGGUUUUUGAUAAGAAGUCAGAAUUUAUAAAGAGGUUUAAGGGGUAACACCACUGUAGAGCCCGGUUUUUUCCAAAAAAAAACUUUAUAUCGAUGCAAAACCUAAUUAGAUAACUAUUAUACAUGCGUUCAAGUAAUUAAAUUAAUUUUUACAGAGGGUUCAAAAACAAAUUGGCGUCAAUAAAGAGCUAUAAGCAUAAGAGGAAUUUUUAUGGAGGCCCCCACUACCACCAACUUUCGUGGUAGCUAUUAAUGUGAAACAUAAAAAUCAAGUUUUUAAUAAUGUUUGAACUAAAAGCAAGAAAACUACAUAGAGGUUAAAAAAAGUUCCCUAUGCCUACGUAGUUCCCUAGAAAAUGAUGUUAUAAAGCUUCUGUCACGGUUUUAAAUCAAUCGUAUAAAAAUUGGAUGAACAAUUGUGGUGGUAGUGUUAAAAAAUUAAAUAUUAUAAUGAUUUUAUGAUAAUAUUGUUUCUGAGAAAAAAAAUCAAUGGAAUUUCAACCACAUACAUAUACACCCUAUUACUGUAGUUUGUUACACCCUCUACAUCUUUAUUAUAAAUGAAAAGGUAUGUUCAUUACCUGAUAUAUACCAUUCAAUUCAACAAAGGAAAAUUCUUUUUCCAUUUUUUCUUUACUUUAAUUCUAAAUUUAGAAUUUAGUUACAUUUUGUACUUAGUCUAUUUUGUCAUCAUAUUUGUGUAUAUAACAAUUUUUCAAAUAAAACAUGUAUGUAAGUGUA